AUGCAAUUGGCCCAGAAAACUGUUAAGGAAGCUGGAGAUAUGCAAAGGGUUGGAGGAGCAACAAGAGCUGGAAAUGUGCAAAGUAACGUUAUGGAGCAAGACACUGUAACAACAACAACACCCAUUGAGCCAACCGCACCAUUUCCUCCUAUUGGUCGGAAGAAAAGAAGAGCUAAUACAAAUGCUAUUAGAAAGAGGUUUGAGGUAUGGGACCACUUUAACCUUAUUCCUAAUAGUGAUCCCGCUAUUGCGGCAUGUAAGUAUUGUCAUCAAAAGUACAUGUGUGACUCUAAGAAACAUGGAACGUCAAACUUAAAGAGUCAUAUGAAAUCAUGCCCUAAGUAUCCGUUGAACCUCUCAACCGACCCUACCCAAACUAUGUUGACAUAUUCAACAACUCAGGGAGGUGUUUUGGUUCCAACAUCUUCUAGGUUUGAUCCUUUAGGUUGUAGAAAUGGGUUGGCUUACUUUAUCAUUUUAGAUGAGAAGCCAUUUAUUACAGUUGAAGGAGAGGGAUUCGAGUACUUUUGUAACCAAAUGCAACCCCAAUUUACUAUACCAUCAAGGAGAACCAUAGCUAGGGAUUGUUUUCAGAUAUAUCUUGAUGAGAAAGUGAGGUUGAGAGUGUUAUUCAAGUCUGAUUGUAGUAGGGUGGCAAUUACAACAGAUUGUUGGACAUCCGUUCAAAAUCUUAACUACUUAACCCUCACUACCCAUUUUAUAGAUAGUGAUUGGAAAUAUCAAAAAAGGAUAAUUAGCUUUACGGUUAUCCCAAAUCACCGAGGUAAAACAGUUGGUAAGAAGGUUAAGGAUGUGUUGAAGGAGUGGGGGCUGAGAAACGUUUCAACUAUCACGGUGGAUAACGCAUCAUCAAAUGAUGUUGCUGUUAAGUAUUUGGAGCAUAAAAUCAUAAACAUGAAUGAACUUUUGUUGGAUGGAUUUGGAUUUCACAUGAGGUGUUGUGCUCAUAUAUUGAAUUUGGUCGUGAGAGAUGGAUUAAAAGUAGCUAGCACCUUAAUUUCAAAUGUUAGAAAUGUAAUUAGGUCUGUAAGAUCUUCACCCCAUAGAGCUUUAAAUUUCAAUAAAUGUGUGGGUUAUGUCGGGAUUACAUGCAAGAAGUCGAUAUGUCUCGAUGUUUCAACUCGAUGGAACUCAACAGAUUUGAUGUUAGAGGCGGCUGAGAAGUUUAAAACUGCUUUUGAUAAGCUAGAAGAUAUGGAUGAAGACUAUAGGGACUUCUUUGACGGUGGAUUUAAUGAAAUUUCAGUUGGGAGUGGAGCUUCGUUAUCCUCUUCAACUCAACCACAACCUUCUGGUUGUGCGUGA